AUGGGAUUUGAGUCCAUAUCACUACCAGAUCAUGUAGUGGUUAAGAGUGAGGUUGAAUCCUCACAAGAUGUGGGCUGUGAUUCAAUAACCAUGGAAAGGGUGGAAGCGAAUUUGAGCAAGGAACCCUUUCUGCUAGUUCCCUUGGAAAAUAAGGAAGACAAAGAAUGCCUUGGUACAGUUUGUUAUCUUGAAAAUAAUAAGGUUGAUGUUCCUGAGGCCAUCUCUCCAAGGGGAGAUAUACUUGAAUUGUCGAUCUCUAGCAGGGCUUCAGAUGAUAGUCUUUCAUUGGGUUGUGAAACACCACGUGAAAGCAUCUUUGAUCCAUUCGCUACAGGACAAGAAGAAGCGGCCUGUGCACCAAACAAGAAAGUGACUAGAUGUGGUGAAGUUCCACCUCGUAGGAAGCUAAAUUUCGAUUCAGGUGACUACCCGGUUAAAAGGUUAAGUUUUGAUUGGAGUGAUUCUGACGAGGAGGAUCAAUAUCUCCAAGUGAUUCACAAGAUGAUCCUGGAUCUAUUGAUUCUAGAUGGCCCUCUUGAUUGA